ACCCCUAACUCGAGUACCCCUAACUCGAGGAGGUAAAGAGGCUGCUUCCGAAAGACCGUCAGGUCAAGUGCAGCAAUCAAGUAGUUAUGAAAAAGGCAAUACGGCAGUGACCUUGAUUAUAUACUAAAAGAAACUUCGUAAUAAUACAACAAGCAGUUUUUAUUUAACUAUAGUAUGAGAAUCCUACAAGAAGCUGUUCCCGGCUACUUACCAGCAUCAUGUCUUCAACUUAAUCUGUAAUGCAACAUUUCAUUGGAUCAAUCUGAAAUUAUUCCGCUACAUUUAUAAGUUUCCGUAUCUCAUGCUUCUCUUUUCUGUAAGUUUCGGUUGGGAAAGUAAUUACUUGUGAGUUCUAAUUCCUGUUCCUGCAGAUCUAGCCUAUGACUGUGAUUUCCAUAAAAAUAGUUCCCGAAUUUUUCAAAUCACAAUAGAAACAAUAGUGAAAUGUGAAAGUCAAUGUACUGUAAUUGUUAGAUGCAAGUGGAAGGAUGCCUUUCUUCAGAGAAUCUUCCGAGAGAACAAGGAAACCAUACUCCUGGAUCAUCUCUCUGCUCUUGUAAUUUUUAGAGUUAUGAGGAAACUGAGUUGGAACCAAAUACUUGACUCAAGUAUUUGGAGAUGACUAAAAUAACUUACUAAUAAGGUUAUUCCAUAAGUAGCUGACCCAAAUACUUGACCAACAUUAAACAAGUAAAUCCGAAAUUUGUGAGAUCAUAAGCUGGGUCAGACUAGUAUGGCUAUUUUGAGACAACUAGGGCACUUGGGCCAUGAAUCUGUGAUGGUCGAUGAAGCAGAACUGGAGAUUCAUCAGCGACUUCAGGAAUUAUAUAUAUCUACAAGGGCUGCGAAGCAUUUCCAGAGGGAUAUUGUUCGUGGUGUAGAAGGAUAUAUAUCAACAAGUAAAAAACAAAUGGAAAUAGCUAGAAAGUUGGCAGAUAAUUGUUAUAAAUACGGGGGUGAGAAUCAAAAUAAUCCUUCUACCUUGCCAAAGGUUGCCGUGGAAUUUGGAACUUCACAUGCUGCAAUGGAAGAUCAAAGGGAAAUUAUGCUAGGAGUACUUGGACAACAGGUUUGUGAGCCGUUGAGAGCAUCAAUACAUGGUGCUCCUUUAGAAGAUGCUCGCCAUUUGACUCACCGCUAUGACAGAAUGCGCCAGGAGUUUGAAUCCCAGGCUACUGAAGUAAUAAGACGCCAAUCAAAGUUUAGAGAAGCUUCUACUGAAAGUUUGGCAAAGCUUAAAAAUGCAGAAACAAGAUUGUCGGAGCUCAAAUCUUCGGUGUUGGUUCUUGGCAAAGAAGCAACUGAUGCCAUGUUAUCUGUAGAGGAGGAGCAGCAGCAGAUUACUUUCCAAAAGCUUCGUACCAUGGUCGAUGCUGAAAGAUCUUAUCAUCAGAAUGUUGUUUCCAUUUUGGAGAAGUUGUAUUCUGAGAUGCUUGAAGAAGAGCAAUUAAAUGAGUCAUCUCCACAAUCUUCAAAUUCACCAAGAGUUUUGCAUGAUACAACUUCAAAUGGAACUGAGCAUCCAGAAGCUGAGGAUAAAAGUCCUACCCAUUUUAGUGCCAAGGUACCCUUCUCAAAAAAUUUUAGUGCCAAGGUCAUGCACUCGUUUGAAGCCCAAGCAGAUGGCGAGCUAAGUCUAGAGGUUGGCGAUGAUGUGGUAGUUCGGCAGGUAGCUCCAAAUGGAUGGUCUGAAGGAGAAUGCAACGGUAAGUCCGGUUGGUUUCCCUCGGCUUAUGCUGAAAAGUCACACAAAGUACCAGCAAGCAAAAUGGCGGAAACGGAUACCACCCCAUAAGAUAAAACACUAAAUUAUCAUGCUACCUUCAUAUAAACCUUUGCUUUUUUGUAAAUUUCCACUUGUAUAGGUGUUUGAGGAGUUCUCCAUUUUGCUUUUUUUUUUUUUUUUUUUUUUUCUUCUCCCGAUGUAAAUGCAUCAAAGCUUAUAAUCAAGUUUAUUAUUUGCUGA